AUUCGACGAUGUCUAAAAGGUUAUCUGCGUUUCUAUAAAAUAUGCAUAAAUUGACUAUUAUUGAUGAAUUAUAAUCAGUAUCGCCAGUGCAACUCUAGUGUUCAACAAUGACAUUGAAACUUGCGUGUGCCCUAUUUGUAGCUUUCGCCGUUUGUGAUGCAAUUAGCGAACCAUUUUUAGGUUUAAAUUAUGACUAUGCUCCGGGUGGACCUUCACAAUUUGGAAGAUUUAGCCCUUACCGUCACAGCUAUCAAUUCAGGCCGUAUUUUUAUCAUAUAAACCAUCCUGCUACCAGUGAAGAGCCGACAACCACUGCAAGAACAUUUAUCGGAAAGGAGUAUGAAGGGAAAUCAGCUAAGAAAUCAGCAACAAGAUAUGUGAUGGGUGAUCGAGAGGUAUCAUGGUUAGAGGCAUCAUUGAACUGCAAAAGCCAGGGAAUGAUCCUUGCGAGCCCGCAUACUCCAGAAGAAAAAAACGACUUACUGGAAUUCAUCAUGGAAAACAACUUAACACCUAAGGAUCAAUAUUCUGGAUACUGGAUUGGUGGUCAACGCAGUAAUGACCACUACGAAUGGUCCUCUGACAAACAAAUAAUUGAUAACGGAUGGAUACCGGGCGAGCCAAACAAUUAUCUCGGGGAGGACUGUGUGGAACUGAAAAAAGGCUUCACUUUAGGCUGGAACAAUAACUAUUGCUAUUUGGAACAUAAAUUUAUUUGCGAACGUAUUAUUUCUAGUGAACUAACGAAAAAUAUCAAUAAAGGAGUUAAAACUCAGGAAUCUGGAAAGGAAAAUCCAAAUUCUGAUGUUCCGAUGAACUCUUGGCCAAGUAAAGAAGAAGACCUAGUUCAGCUAUUCCCUUUAACUUACGUUGAAAAAUCUGCGGAUCCACUAGAAUCAAGUUCUCCAAUUGAAAGCAAAGAUUAUCCAUAUAUGUAUACACAACAAGAAGUUCAAGGAAACCCGAUAAAUUUAGAUGAUUUUAAUAAGGAUCUAUCUAAAGCAUUACCUCUUCCAUUAACAUUACCUUCUGUCUCACCUUACCUUGAACCAGCUGUUUAUACUCAAACAGUAUCUGAAGAUAAACGAGAACCAGAUUUGUAUGGACAACAAGGACUUUACGGAAACCCAAUAAAUUCAGAUGAUUUGAAUAAAGAUCUAUCUAAAGCAUUACCUCUUCCACUAACAUUACCUACUAUACCACCUUACCUUGAACCAACUGAAACUAAAGACUAUCCAGAUUUCUAUCGACAACAAGAACUGUAUGAUAACCCAAUAAAUUCAGAGGAUUUGAAUAAAGAUCCAUCUAAAGCACUACCUCUUCCACUAACAUUACCUACUAUACCACCUUACCUUGAACCAACUGAAACUAAAGACUAUCCAGAUUUCUAUCGACAACAAGAACUGUAUGAUAACCCAAUAAGUUCAGAUGAUUUAAAUGAAGAUCUACCAAAAGCAUUACCUGUGGAAAAUCCUCCUUACUUUGAACCAACUGCUUAUAUUCAAACAGUGCCUGUAGAUAACCUAGAACCAAGUACCUCACUACCAAUUGAAGACUCUUUUAUAAGUGAAUCCCCUAUUUGGUCUAGAAGUGUUGUAGAACCUGUAGAUCAAGAAUUUAACCCUUAUGAACAAAUGGAACAACUUGAUGAGACAGUUGAUGAAUUUAAUCCAAACGGCCCAGGUGAAAUAGAUGGAUAUGAUUAUUACCCGUCCGAUUACGGUCUGAAUUAUUAAUAAUCCUAUUUUAAUUCAUUGCUUUUAAUGUAGAUUAGUUAUAAAGAAUUUCAAUCAAAAAUAAACACAACUUUGUAAAAUGAACGGUUAUUUAUAUAUACAUACAUACAUAAUAAAAUUCUCGGUUUUACCAAGGCAAGACAAACAUGUUUUAGGUCAUUGUAAAUUGCGUAUAUGAAAAAAACGAGGUUUAUUUUAAACCGAGUUGCACAAAACAGGAAUUAUUAUUAUUAUUAUUAUUUGUCAUUUAACGGGCCUGCGUAAGCGGUUUAUCGCAUUUUCACGGCAAAUUUAACCGAGCUGCAAACAAUAACUGAAACAGGCGAUGCUUGUAGCGUUUAGGCGCAUUGUUAAAUAGUCUUUUGUUAAAAAAUGUAAAUUGUUAUUUAAAAUAUAAAUGUAUCACAUAA